GAUGCUGGUGCGCGUGCGCAGGCGGAUGGGGGCUGGCGUCCUCUCCCUUGCAGCCUUCGCCGCCGCGGCCGUCCCCCGUGGAUUUGAGUCUCGCGCUUCCUUCGUUCGCUCGCCGGCGGGUUCGCGCCCCCUCGCGCCCCCGGGCAGCGAGGCCGGGGAAGGGGUUGCAAGGGGCUGUUGAUCGCCGCCUUUAAGUUGUGCUCGGGGCGGCCAUGUCGGCCGGCGAGGUCGAGCGCCUAGUGUCGGAGCUGAGCGGCGGGACCGGAGGGGAUGAGGAGGAAGAGUGGCUCUAUGGCGGCCCAUGGGACGUGCAUGUGCACAGUGAUUUGGCAAAGGACCUAGAUGAAAAUGAAGUUGAAAGGCCAGAAGAAGAAAAUGCCAGUGCUAAUCCUCCAUCUGGAAUUGAAGAUGAAGCUGCUGAAAAUGGCGUACCUAAACCGAAAGUGACCGAGACUGAAGAUGAUAGUGAUAGUGACAGUGAUGAUGAUGAGGAUGAUGUUCAUGUCACUAUAGGAGACAUUAAAACGGGAGCACCACAGUAUGGGAGUUAUGGUACAGCACCUGUAAAUCUUAACAUCAAGACAGGAGGAAGAGUUUAUGGAUCUACAGGAACAAAAGUCAAAGGGGUAGACCUUGAUGCACCUGGAAGCAUUAAUGGAGUUCCACUCUUGGAGGUAGAUUUGGAUUCUUUUGAAGAUAAACCAUGGCGUAAACCUGGUGCCGAUCUUUCUGAUUACUUUAAUUAUGGGUUUAAUGAAGAUACCUGGAAAGCUUACUGUGAAAAACAAAAGAGGAUACGAAUGGGACUUGAAGUUAUACCAGUUACCUCUACUACAAAUAAAAUUACGGCCGAAGACUGUACUAUGGAAGUUACACCAGGUGCAGAGAUCCAAGAUGGCAGAUUCAAUCUUUUUAAGGUACAGCAGGGAAGAACUGGAAAUUCGGAGAAGGAAACAGCACUUCCAUCUACAAAAGCUGAAUUUACUUCUCCUCCUUCUUUGUUCAAGACUGGACUCCCACCAAGCAGAAACAGCACAUCUUCUCAGUCUCAGACAAGUACUGCCUCCAGAAAAGCCAGUUCAAGCGUUGGGAAGUGGCAGGAUCGAUAUGGGAGGGCCGAAUCACCUGAUCUAAGGAGAUUACCUGGGGCAAUUGAUGUUAUUGGUCAGACUAUAACUAUCAGCCGAGUAGAAGGAAGGCGACGAGCAAAUGAAAACAGCAACAUACAGGUCCUUUCUGAAAGAUCUGCUACUGAAGUAGACAACAAUUUUAGCAAACCACCUCCGUUUUUCCCUCCGGGAGCUCCUCCCACCCACCUUCCACCUCCUCCAUUUCUUCCACCUCCUCCAACUGUCAGCACUGCUCCACCUCUAAUUCCACCACCAGGUAUUCCAAUAACUGUACCACCUCCAGGUUUUCCUCCUCCACCAGGCGCUCCACCUCCAUCUCUUAUACCAACAAUAGAAAGUGGACAUUCCUCUGGUUAUGAUAGUCGUUCUGCACGUGCUUUUCCGUAUGGCAAUGUUGCCUUUCCCCACCUUCCUGGUUCUGCUCCUUCAUGGCCUAGUCUUGUGGACACCAGCAAGCAAUGGGACUAUUAUGCAAGAAGAGAGAAAGACCGAGAUAGAGAUAGAGACAGAGACCGAGAGCGAGACCGUGAUCGAGACAGAGAAAGAGAACGCACCAGAGAGAGAGAGAGGGAGCGUGAUCACAGUCCUACACCAAGUGUUUUCAACAGUGAUGAAGAACGAUACAGAUAUAGGGAAUAUGCAGAAAGAGGCUAUGAGCGUCACAGAGCAAGUCGAGAGAAAGAAGAACGACACAGAGAAAGACGACACAGAGAGAAAGAGGAAACCAGGCACAAGUCAUCUCGAAGUAACAGUCGGCGUCGCCAUGAAAGUGAAGAGGGAGACAGUCACAGGAGACACAAGCACAAAAAAUCUAAAAGAAGCAAAGAGGGAAAAGAAGCUGGCAGUGAGCCUGCCCCCGAACAGGAGAGCACCGAAGCUACACCUGCAGAAUAGGCAUGGUUAUGGCCUGUGUGUAUUAGUGCCAGAAAUAGAUGCUAUAAAUCUUGUUAUUUUUCUGGAUAAUGUUUAAGAAAUUUACCUUUAAUCUUGUAAUGUUAGUAUGAAAAGUUAACUUUUUUUUCAAAAUAAAAGAGUGAAUUUUUCAUGUUAAGUUAAAAAUCUUUGUUUUGUAAUAUUUAAAAAAUAAAAAGACAGCAAUGACUUUAUA